UAAUAUAUAUAGUAGUUGAACGAGUAGUAGUAGUUAGUUCGAAAUAUGUCAUUGUUCGGUACAAAUACCACAUCGGGAUCUAGUGGGCUUGGAGCUAAUUCGAGUUCAACUCCAUUUUCGUUUGGAGGUACAGGGACUUUGAAACCAUCGACUAAUUUUAAUUCUAAUGAAGCAUCGGUAUUGAAUCAGUCAUCCCUUGCAGUAAGUACUACAACUACUAAAAAUACUAGUGGGAAUAAUUCAAAUUUAGCAGCAUCGAUUAAUAAUAGUUCGAAUUCAUCUAAAUUAUUAAAGGAUUUACUUGAAUCUGCUCAUAAUUUACCUAAAUCUGAGAAUAAUGAUCUCGGAUCAAUUCAUUUAACUCUUAAGGAAUUACAAAGAAAAUCUCAUCAAUUGAGAAAGUUAGAAGAUAAGAAAGAUGUAAAUUUUACUAAGGCUCAUUAUUUAUUAGCAUCUAGUGGAAUUAGUGCUGAAGAAAUUGAAAAUGAAUUAAAUUCUAUAAAUGUUGUUGCACCUUCACCAAUUCCAUAUUCUAUUCAACCUGGUAGUCAAGAAACUUCUUUAACAUCACUUAAAUCUGGUGGUACUGGUGGUACUUAUACUUCUACCAAUAAUAUUGAAAGUUAUUUAAAUUCUAAAAAGGAAGAAAACAUUUUAAAUACAAUAGAACAAUCUUUAGCAUUGGCUUCAAAAGAUUUUGAUAAUUAUAUAAGUUCAAAAAUUUCAAUUGAUUGGAAAUUAAGACGUGAUGAAUUAAGAAAAUCGGUAGGUUUAAAGAAAUCAUCUACUAAGGAUUCAUCAAUUGCUUCACAAUCAGCCCUUAAAAAUUCAAUCAAAUGGAAUAAAUCAAUACCAGGAACUUAUAAUAUAUUAAGUCCAUUAAAAUCUUCAACUAAUAGUAAUACUAGACAAUUUACUCGUGAAAAAUUCGAGAAUCAUGCUAGAAUCGUUUAUCAAUUAAAUGAAGCUAGAUUAUCUAAUAAAAAUUAUCCAUUAUGUUUACAUUUAGGAGAAUUAAAUAAAUUACAAAAUGAUUUAAAAUCCAAACAAAUUUCAGAAAUUUGGAAAAUACUAACAGAAUUAACUAAUGAAAAGUUUUCUAAAACAAGUCAAGAAUAUUCAUUUUAUAAAAUCUCUGAUUCAACUAUUAUAUCAAGUAGUAGAAAUUAUUUAGAAUCAGAAUUUUUUAAUUAUAUUGAAGAACUUUAUUUAAAGGAUAGUAAAAAAUCUUCAGAAUUUUUACCAGGAACAAAUUUAAAUAAAGUAUCAUAUUUUAUUAAUAAAAUUAUUAGUAAAGAUCAUUUAUCAAGAACUUUAAAUGUUAAUGGUACUCCAAUUUGGGCAUUAAUUUUUUAUUUACUUAGAAGUGGAUCUUAUAAUGAUGCAUUAGAUUUAACUAUUAAAAAUAGAGAUGUUUUUAAUAAAUUUGAUCUGAAUUUCCCCGUAUAUUUAAAGAAAUAUGUUGAAAGUGAAAAUCAUACAUUACCAAGUGAAUUGGUAUCUAGAUUACAUUCUGAAUUUAAUGAACAAUUUCAAUUUUUAAUUGAUGAAGCAGAUAUUGAUCCAUUUAAAUAUUCUGUUUAUAAAAUCAUUGGAAGAUGUGAUUUAAGUAAAAAAACUUUACCUUCAAGUCUUAAUUUAAGUAUUGAAGAUUGGCUUUGGUUUCAUUUAUCACUUAUUAAUGAACAUAAUGAAUCUGAUUUAAUAUUUGAUAAUUAUAGUUUAAUUAAUUUACAGCAUAAAAUUAUAUCUUUAGGUCCAAAGAAUUUUAAUUCUUCAUCUAAUAAUCCUUUAUAUUUAAAAUCAUUAGCAUUAGUAGGAUUAUAUGAAUUGGCAGUUCAGUAUACUUAUGAUAAUAUUAAUGAAUGUGAUGCAGUACAUCUUGCUAUAGCCUUAAAUUAUUAUGGUUUAUUAAAAGUAUCAAGUUUUAAUAAUAAAGAUGAUUUAUUAAUUUUACAUAAUAAUGAAAUUGAAAUAAAUUUUAGUAGAUUAUUAGGAUCUUAUACAAGAAGUUUUAAAAUUAGUGAUCCAAAAGUUGCAUGUCAAUAUUUAAUUUUAAUUGCUAUGUCAAAGGGAGAAGUUAAUAAAUGUCAUGAAGCUUUAAGAGAAUUAAUUUUAAUUUCUCGAGAAUUUUCAAUGUUAUUAGGAGAAAUUAAUGAAAUUAAUGAAAUUAAUGGAUCUAAAAUACCGGGAAUUUUAGAAAGACAAAGAUCCUUAAUUAAAUUAGAUGAUUUAUCUGAAUUUUAUCAUCAAAUAAUUGAAUUAAGUGCUAUUAAAUGUGAAGAAGAAGGUAGAAUUUUUGAUGCCAUAUUAUUAUAUCAAUUAUGUCAAGAAUAUGAUACUGUUAUUUCUUCAAUAAAUAAAUUGCUUUCUGAAAUAUUAUCAUCUACAGAAUUAGAUAAACCAAUUAUUAAAGGAGGUAAUUAUGAAGUUUUAACAGCUGAUCGUACUAUAACAAAUAAAGAAUAUGUUGAUACAAUUGAUAAUAAUGUUAUAUUAUUUUCUCGUCAUAUUGUUAAUAUAUUUAACAAAAAUAGUUCUAUUUUAACUAAAAUAAAUCCUCAAAAAAAGGCAACUACUGAUACUUUAUUACCUAUAAUUGAUAUUAGAGAUUUAUUUUUAAAUAAAGAUUUCCGUCAAGUAUUAACAGAAAUUAGUAAAUUAAAUUUACUUCCAGUUGAUCCAAAAGAUGAUUUAAUUAAAAUUAGAGGUUUAAGUGAAUUAAUUCAUAAUAAUAAUUUGGAUGAUAAUUUAAUUAAAGUUAUCCCUUCCUUAUUAAUCAUGGUUAUGACUUGUGUCUCACAAUUGAACUAUACAAUUUUAACUAAGAGAUAUCAAUCACUUGGUAAUGAAAAGCAAGAGCUUGAUAAUUUAAAGAAAAUCGCUAAUAAUUGUAUGGUAUAUGCUGGAAUGGUACAAUAUAAGAUGCCAAGAGAGACAUACAGUUUAUUAAUCCAAUUAGAGUCCCUGUUAUAGUUAUAGUUAUAAUUAUAAUUAUAGUUGUAGUAUAUAUAUAUAUAUAGAGUGAGAGAGUCUUAAUAAAAAGUUCUGUCGUAGAAAAAAAA